AUGGACACAGAGACCGCGAAUGCCCAGGAUGCGCGGGUUGAUGCAUUGUGGGCAACGCUCGAUACGCGCAAGCAGGGGCAGCUGGACCUAGCCGGCCUCAAGAAGGGGCUUCGAAAAUUGGAUCACCCCUUGAAAAACGCAGAUCAACUCCUGGCCGAGAUCCUGAAAACUGUCGACGCCGACGGAGACGGAUGCAUUCAAUACAAUGAAUUCCGCUCCUUCGUCCAGCAGACCGAAAAGGAGCUCUUGACUCUUUUUCAGAGUAUCGAUCACAACCACGACGGGAAGAUAUCCAAGGAGGAACUCCGGAAUGCCUUCAGCCGUUCUGGACUCGCUGUGCCGAAUUCGAAGCUGGACAAUUUCUUCCAGGAGGUGGAUGUCAACCAAGAUGGGGUAAUUAGCUUCGACGAAUGGCGCGACUUUCUCCUGUUCAUCCCCGCGACUGCGCCAAACCUGAAAGCGGUCAUUUCCUACUUUUCUGCCACCAUGAAAAUGAACAUCGAAGGCGACGUCCAGAUAAGUGACGACGUAAUUGAUGGACUAGGUAUAACACAACGAUUUCUUCGCAUUUUCUUUGGGUCACUUUUCACUAUUGCCAAAUCACCAUCGCAAUCAUUUCCUUCGUCCGACCAAGUUGAACUACUUGAUGUGCACCACGUCACACCGUCUCCCGUAUCACAUUCCGCUGUCUCUCACACCCGCCCGCCACGCCCUGUCCAGUCCGUGGGAACUGUUGUCACGGAACUCAAGGAAGAGGUCGGGCAAAGCCUAAAAUCAAUGCUGAUUUCUUGUGUUCCCAAUCCAGGCUACUUCGUGGCGGGAGGGCUAGCAGGAAUCGUGUCUCGCACUUCAACUGCCCCCCUCGAUCGUCUCAAGGUCUAUCUCAUCGCACAGACCAGCGUCGCCCAAGACGCCGUCUCCGACGCAAAAUCUGGGAACGUCUUCCGCGCCUUCGCCAGGUCCUGGAAACCGCUCGUGGACGCCACGAAGGAACUGUGGCAGGCUGGCGGCAUGCGCAGCUUGUACGCAGGAAACGGGUUGAACGUCGUGAAAGUCAUGCCCGAAUCCGCAAUCAAGUUCGGGUCCUACGAGGCCGCAAAGCGAGCAUUCGCCAAGCUCGAGGGACACAGUGAUCCAAAUCAAAUCCACUCGUGGUCCAAAUUUGUGGCAGGUGGAUUUGGAGGCAUGAUCUCUCAAUUUGCUGUCUACCCCGUCGACACUCUGAAGUUCCGCAUGCAAUGCGAGACAGUCUCGGGCGGACUGCAUGGAAACAAGCUCAUCAUCGCAACGGCAAAGAAGAUGUGGAAUACCGGAGGUUUCUUCGCAUACUACCGUGGCCUCCCGAUGGGGUUGGUCGGCAUUUUCCCCUACGCUGCCAUCGACCUGGGCACUUUCGAGUACCUGAAACGAACCAUCGCCACACGGAAUGCCAAAAGGCGUGGAUGCCACGAAAGCGACGCUGAGCCGGGAGGUUUCAUGACUGCCGCCAUUGGCGGUUUCUCAGGAGCGUUCGGAGCCAGCGCCGUCUACCCCCUCAACCUCUUACGAACUCGUCUCCAGAGCCAGGGCACCGUUUUGCAUCCGCGGACGUACACCGGAAUCGUCGAUGUCACUCGACAAACCAUCCAGGGCGAGGGAUUCCGCGGUCUCUUCAAGGGCCUCACGCCUAAUCUACUGAAAGUCGUACCGGCCGUGUCCAUCACUUACGUCGUCUACGACAAGUCCAAGAAGAUGAUUGGCCUUCGAUGA